AGUAUAAAGGAACUUACUUUUGAGUAGCAUUUUUGUAAUUAUCCCUUACUUACAAACAGAAGCAAAGUAGUAUUUUUAAGUGAAUUAAACAACUUGUACUAUUUCUWWUUUGUUCAAUUCAACAUGGAAUACAYUGCAUAYUUUAUUGUUUCAACAAUAAUAAUUAUUUUAUUAUUCUACGUAAUUGAAUAUUUAAUAAAUAAAUUUCGAGAAUAUAACAUGGUAAGAAAAUUUYCWGGCCCUAAAGCUUAUCCUCUUAUAGGAAAUAUGCAUUUAUUUCUUGGUGAUUUGACAGAUAUAACGAAAAAAUUAAUACAAUACUCCGCAAUCUAUUCUUCGCCUUGGCGAAUCUGGAUAGGAUCAAAAUUAAUUCUAGUCUUCGAUGAUCCUGAAAAUAUUGAAAUUCUUUUAAAAAGCUCAAAAAUUGAUGAGAAGAGUGUCCUAUAUAACUUUAUGAAAUAUUCCUUAGGCGAUGGAUUAUUUACAGCUCCAGCGUCAUUAUGGAAAAUGCAUCGAAGAAUACUAGAUCAGAAAUUCAAUUCCAAAAUGGUUUCAUAUUGUAUGGAGUCAUUGAAUAAAAAUUCAAAAAGGCUAAUAAACAUUUUAGAAACUAGUAACGGAGAGAACGUAGAUAUCUYUCAUUACGUACAUUUAUGUACGUUGGACAUCAUAUUUGAUAGCCUAUUGGAAUCUGAUCUAAAUUUGCUAAAUAUCCCAGACUGCAAACUUGAUAAAUAUCUGACAGAUGGGAUGGAUAUGACUAUGGAAAGAAUAUCAAAAUUGUGGUUGUACCCAAAUAUUAUAUUUAAGAAUUCAUCUUUAGGAAAGCGGUUAGAUGAAAAUCUCGCAUACCUUAAUAAUAUAACAAACGAGGUAAGAAUAAAAAAAUAA